UGACGUCUCCGGAAAUGUCCCGAGCAGCAGCAGCUGCAGCUAGCAGCGGCUAACGGCUAACGGCUACUACCAGCUACCUGACGCUCUUAUCAAACGGGCAGGUCGACAGACAGAAACAGACGGACAGUGUGUCCGUGGAUGGAAGUGUUGAGCUCAGCGAUGGGACCGGAGAGAGUCUUACCAAACUCUGAGGACGAGCUGGGGGGGGGCGAGCGCCCAGCCGACGGAGCUAUGCUGCCCGUGUGGAGCGGGGGGGAGGGAGCGGAGGAAGGGGCCCAGAUGGAGCUGGAUGGAGAGGAAGAAGAGGAGGAAGAGGAGUUGAACAAUGGAGGAUAUUACUACCAACCCCUGAACCAGGAACCUGAGGGGGAGGAGGAGCCCCCCCCCUCAACGGAGCAGCUGCAGCAGCGGAUACAGGUGAUGGGUCUGCACCUCCCUGAAGCCCCGCCCACAGACAGUGAUGAUGAGGAGGACCCUGAGGGGGCGGCGGCCUUGAGGAGCCGAGCUUCCAUCCCCAUGGAUGCAGACCACGUGGAGCUGGUGAAGAGGACCAUGGCGGCCAUUGCGCUGCCGUCUCUCGCCGUGCCGUCCUGGGCCAAUGAGAUCUCCGAUGACCAGUGGAAAGACAUGGUGCAGAACACACUGGAGAGUCGGCAGAGUGCCGCCGCUCUGCACCUACCCCGCAGGAACAACCUCAACGCACCCUGAAUGCACCACGGCAGCACUGCAAUGGCCUCUACUGACCCUGAACACACCACCGCUAACUUCUACUUUGUUACAUGAAAAAGGUCCAGGUUUAACUUAAAGCUGAACGUUGUUGUUUAUCUGGAAACUGGGUACCGUAUUCUCGUCAUUUCUGUGAUUUGGAUCAGUUUCAUACAAACCACUCGAGGUUGGAUCAUCUGUGGCCAAAAGGAGCCAGAACCUUCCAUAGUUAGCUCUCUAGCUAAAGGAUGGAUGAUAACAGCACAAAUGAACCUAACUGUUGCUUCGUAGCAAACCUCCAACGCUUAUUAGCUUACGCGCUAAAAGUAAAUGUUCGUGGUGUAUUUUCAUGAAAAAGUCAAACUGACCGGAGCCAAUGAAGCCUGAAACUUUUAGUUUUAUUAAUGUGAUGAACUGUAGCUUUAGUUCUUCAUCUCGUGAUGAAAUGUUGUGAUUUACUUUGUGUAGUCGAUGGUAACGACAAACAUUUAGUCAAACUCCCUGAACAUAUAAAAGACAUUCCAAACAAUUAAAAGGUAAGCUAGCUAACGUUAGACUAGAACAAACAAAACAAGGAAUCAUUUAAGUGAUCUUUCUUUUCUCAAAAAUAAAAUCUUUGAUUUCUU